AUGAAGUGGAAGAUGCAGAUCUUGUUCCAGAACGUGAACAAUUCUGCUUCGCGCAUAAUCUUGGACACUGCAAGCUGGGGAAGCCAGCUUGUCUCCGUAUCCAUCGCUGUGGCUGUAAGCAGGACCACAAGGGUUGUGACCAUGUCUGAUCAAGACGGUCCGCAAGAAUCUUGUGGUAGCAUAGACACUGAGGGAACGACGGAGGAGGAAAUGGUGGAUAUGGGUCAAGAGAGAAAUUGCAAAGGAAAUGAUAAGGACAAAGUUUACGGCGAUGCCUUUAUAGAGGGUCCUCCACUAGCUCACUUCUCAGACGAUUUUAUCGAACCGAAGUUUCUUAGGGGAUACGUUUGGGACGGUGUGAACACACCCGGCUAUUCGCCGGCCAUCGAAUCAAGCGUUUACGCGGCUCCUUUUCGAGACGCCCCUCCUCUUUCGGAAGAUAUCGAUGCAGCCUUUGUUUUAGAACAAUAUCCUCAUUUGUUCAAAAUAAUAACCCCUAUUAAAGUUGACAAGUUGGAGUUAUUACUUAGGGAUCAUCCAAACCAAGCUUUCGUCAAUUCCGCGCUCAAAGGUUUGCGAGAAGGCUUCUGGCCAAACUCAUCAAUUCCGUCAUCAGAGGUAGUGGACGGACCAAAUCACAUUUCUUGCGAGGCCAAUCAAUCUCUAUUGGAAGAGCAAUGCCAGGAUGAGAUUGAUAAAGGUAGAUACUCUGAAGAAUUUACGACAUUACUUUUAGGGAUGAAGGUGAUCCCGCUUCUAAUGGUAACGAAAAAAGACUCCAAUAAAAUGCGUGUUUGCUCUAAUAUGAGCGCAGGCCACCCAUCUCCCAACGAUCUUAUCAACAAGUCAAGCAUUCCUGUGGCUUACGACUCAUUGAAAUCUUUUAUUCCUUAUUUAAUAAAAAUGAAGGAAGAAGAGGGUGAAGUGAUACUAUUCAAAUCAGACAUUGAAGGAGCCUUUAGGAUAAUUCCCCUUCACUUCCAGUAUCAACUUCGUCAAAUUUAUAAGAUCAGAGGUAAUAAAAAACGUGUCGACCAUAAUCUAAAUUUUGGUUCUUCGGCAUCUCCCUUCAUUUGGUGUGGUGUUUUUUCGCUAGUGUUGUGGAUUGCUGAAUUUAUCUUUGACAUCAAGUUCAUGAAUAACAUGAUGGACAACGUCUGGUGUGUGUGUUCAACCAAACAUUUUGUCAACUUCAAGGGUCAUCUUAUUCCUUUACCUCAAGCGAAGCUUUUGAAUCUAUUUGACAUUCUCGGGUUUCCUUGGGUAUGGAAAAAACAACUUCACGGACCUGUCCUCGAGAUAAUCGGCCAUAUCGUGGAUUCAGAAAGAAUGAUCAUCCAACUUCACCCUGACAAGAAACGUCUCCUCAUCGAGAAGCUCCAAAAAUUUGUCGCACAUCACCAUCAUUUGUUAAACGACUGGCAAAAGAUACUGGGCCAUGCUUCAUGGGCUUGCACGUCAAUGCCAUGGGGUCGGUACGCUUUACAAAGCCUGUAUGAGAAGUCAAAUACGAAAUCUCAUCGUUUCCUCCAGAUUCCUCUUAAUAAAGAAAACCAAGAUGACGUGCGGUGGCUGAUAAAGUUUUUCGAUCAAAGUCCAAGGAUUUUGGUUUUGACAUCUCUUAGGUGGGGUCUGAAGGAAGCAGACGCAGAGUUUUUUACCAACGCUUGCAUGACAGGAGUCGGCAUCUGGGAUCCAAUUUCUCGGAUUGGAAGAUAUUUUAUUUUGCCACCACCUCCUUGUAACAUUUUCUGGGCCGAACUACUUGGGGUCAUUUCAGCCAUCAACUUAGGGAUUGAAAAAGGCACCAAAAGAAUUUUCGUCCAUUCGGAUAAUCGAAAUGUUGUCGACCUAUUCAACUCUCAUGCACCGAGUAAGAUCGUUAGGCCGUUAUUUCGUCACUGUGUUAUGCGCAUUGUCGAAGCAAAAGUCGAUGUCAAGGUCGCUCAUGUUUCAGCUGAGUUUAAUUCAGAAGCUGAUAAUUUGUCUCGGAUAAAAACUAUAUUAACUCCUGAGAAAUCAGAUAUACUCUGUCAUGCGAUUAACGGGACGUCUAUUUCUUAUUUACACAUUAACUCCUCUCUUUCCUCUGGGGGUCAAGUCGCAAAUCUAGCUUCUUUAGAUCCAUCUUUUCGUCAAUGGCUAAAUCCAAAUCGUCAAGGCUCAGCCUGA